AUGUCACGUAUUCCUUCCAGUUUUGAUUUGAAGGGACCAGAACUCGAGAUCGAGGAAAUGAAUUUUUGGCAGAAAGUGGUGUACCAUUGCAAACAACAACCAUUUGUCCCUAUUGGUGCCCUAUUGACCACUGGUGCAGUUAUUCUAGCAGCUCAGAAUAUUAGAAUUGGUAACAGACAGAAGGCUCAAUACUAUUUCCGUUGGCGUGUGGGGUUGCAAGGUGCUACUUUGAUAGCAUUGGUUGCCGGUUCGUUUAUCUAUGGGACUUCUAAGAAGAAUUUGAAAUCCAGGGAGGAUCAAUUGAGAGAGAAGGCUAAACAAAGAGAGAGUUUGUGGGUGCAAGAGUUGGAAAGAAAAGAUGCUGAAGUACAACAAAGAAAAUUGAGAGCCGAGAAGGCUAGAGAAAAGACAGCUGAGAAUGAAGAUUCAAUCAAGCAAUUAGAAGCUGAAUUAAAGGAUCUGGAAUCCAAAUUGAAAGGUGCUUCCAAAUGA